UGCCGGGAGUGGUGGGAUCGGGUUCCGGGGAGAAAGAUAAGGAUUUUUCGACAAAGAGCGGAAUAUCGAUUAAGCUCAAGAUGCCGAGAAGGGACUCUAAUGAAGCUGCGGAAGGUAGUACUCCCGUGGCAGACGGCGGAGGCGGCGGCUCCGCCGGCUCUGGUGGUUUAUCGAGUAAUAAUCAAAGUCGCGUAUGCCAGGAUUGCGGGAGGGUUUUCUCAUCGGGAAAAGCGUUUGGCGGGCACAAGAGAAUCCAUGUUCAAGCCGCCAAAAAAUCUCAAAAGCUUAUGAAUCUUGUCGUCAACAAAAAUGAUCUUCCUAAUCUUGAUCGACAGUUGGUUCUCGCAGGAUCCAAAGAUCAUAAAAAAAAUGGCGUGGAAGAGGAGGUGAGUUGCGCAAUCUGCGGCAAGGCUUUCGUAUCCAUGAAAGCGCUGUUCGGCCACAUGAGGUUCCAUCCAGAUAGGGGUUGGAGAGGAGUUCAUCCACCAAACGACGUCGGAUUGAAGGCUGCUUCUUCAACCUCCACCCUUUCCGAUGAUCGUCUUCAUAUCGAUUCUUCAGCUACCACUGGCUCCGUCUUGGACCUCAAGAAUUUGCUGGAGGGAUGGUCGGUCACUGGUAAAAGAGGUCGAAAAGCCAUCCCUCCUGCUUCUUCCGCUUCCGGGUAUGGCUCCGGCUACGGGUCCGGGUCCGGGUCCGGGUCCCGCUCUGGUUCUUAUGGGAUUCAGGAGGAAGACAGAGACGAUAAUGAUGAUCGAUUGGAUGAGAAUGACAUGGACGAAGCGGUGAAGGAUCUCUUGAUAUUUGCUUGUGGGGGAUCUUCUCAAUCUGAUGGGAAUCCAAAGAAGAAGACAGCUGAGGAGCAGAAGAGCUCCAUUAACGGAGCUGGAAACAAGCUUAAUAUCAAGGGAGAUCACACUGAACUAGAGAGCAAAGACAAUGGAGAGCUGAACAAGAUGAUGAAGAGGAAGAAGAAGAGACGACUGUGUGAUCUGGAGAGAGAAGGCGAAGCUGUGGUGACAGACCAAAACAAUCAAGGUCAACACAUCUGCAUCACCUGCAACAAGCCUUUUCCUACCCACCAGGCUCUUGGCGGCCAUAGGUCCAGCCAUAAUAAACUCAAGAAUAAUGUUGCUAAAGAGCCAACAGUGUCAGGAUUGAAUCAGGAAACGGUACUGAGCGAAGAUCAGGAAGUAAGUACUGCAGCCAAUCACCAAUGCAACAUAUGCAACAAAACGUUCCGAACAGGUCAGGCACUCGGCGGACAUAUGCGGCGUCACUGGACGGCCCCGACGGCAUCAGCUCCGGCAGAAAGUCAAGCCACCUCCUCAUCAUCUGAACAACAACAGCCCACUACUCGUAUUGUCCGUAACUUUGAUCUCAACGAGCUUCCUUCCCAAGAAGCUGAUGAUUGA